UUGAAGCUGAGGAAUUCAGUUUGAAAGAAAAAAAACAACAACCAGGAAGUCAAACAGAGGAGGAAACGUCCUCGCUUGUGUUGGAGCAUCUAACUUUUUUUAAAAUCUAUACAAACAAAGCUUUUUAAAGUUUUAAAUAACAGCGUCAACUCAAAGAAAGUAGACCCGUCGGGUUGUGGUUUGUUUUCCAACAAGAUGGACAUUGAUCCGGAGCGGGGAGGAGCAGAGGCGGAGCCAAAGGACAAGGUGCAGACCUUGAAGGACCAGGUGGAUGGAGUGAAGGACAUCAUGACGCAGAAUGUGGACCGGAUCCUGGCCCGAGGAGAGAGACUGGAUGACCUAAUGGGCAAGUCAGAAGACCUGCAAGCAGGGGCUCAGCACUUCAAGCAGACGUCUCAGAAAGUAGCUCGCACCUACUGGUGGAAGAACGUGAAGCUGAUCGUGGUCAUCGUGGUGGUCGUCCUCAUCAUCGUCCUCAUCAUCAUCCUGCUGGCCACCGGAGUCAUCCCUAUCAGUGCCCCUGUGGCUCCUAUAGUCAAGCCCACCCCCUCCCCCAAGCCAUAAACACACACACACACACACACACACACACACACACACACACACACACACACACACACACACACACACACACAAAUAAUGUAUAUACAAUCAUAAACAAACACAUUGUUAUUGCACAGUAUACAAAGUAAUAUAUAGACUCAAAUAACUGCUGUCUGGUGAAAUCUUUUUUACUUCUAUGUUAGUUUCUACUGGUAACGUUCAUGCUUGUAUUGGAAUUCAAGGAUUAAGGAGCUUUAUGGAACUUUAAUGGCACAUUGUUUAUGAAACCCUUUAAAAACACAAUUCAAGCAUAGCAAUUCUUUUGAAUUUGUGGGAAAUUAAACAAGGAUUUCUGGAAGUUCUGAGGUCUUCACCUGACGGCAGCAAAACACACAGUCCCUGUUCUCAAAGGACGCUACACAUCAACACCUCUUUGCUUCAACACCAACGCUUAUUUCAUCCUGUUAAAGAUAAAGUCACUUUAAUGUGUUGGGAAGGAAAUGAUGAAUGUGGAUUCCCCAAGUAUCUUACUAGACAUUCUUUUUGUCUUGAAUGUUAUCAAUUAUGUGCACUUUUUACAAGGGGCCGUUCGUAUCAUUUAAAUGAAGAAAAAUGCAGUUUCCAAAGGAAAUCCGGCAACGUGUUAGUUUUGCUGUAGAAUCUGAAACAAUCAUAGGUCACACUUUAUUUGAUUAAAUGCUGAAUUGUGUAUAGGAUAUGUAUGUUACCAUCUGUGGGCUUAAUUCCUUUCAAGGGGCUUCCAGUUUCUUUGUAGUCAGACAAUCUAGAAAAAGUAAUCCAUAGAAAUUAUUUUUAAAAAUUUUCAGAAGGUUUAUUGAAUGUAUACACUUUCUUCUAUUUCUUUUGGAAAUAUUGUAAUUAGCUCUUUAUUUGUGUGGAGGGCUUAUGUUUGAGGGGGUGAUUUGUAAAAAUGCAGUCAAAGUUUAUAAAACAAUUUUUGUGCUAAAAACUUAUAUUGAAAACCGUGAGCUGGCUACAACACGGAGUCCGGGAGUGAAUCUUUAAUUGAUUUGGGCUAUAAAACGUAACUGAUGACAAAAUUUCAGAUCUGUACUGCAGUAUCCUCUGUCUUUUUAACAGAUCACAUUUCCUAACUUUAACUCUAGAAAUAUUGCAGUUUAAGUGCAUUACUUUUUGUACUUUGAUUCAACAAACAAACCACCAGGGUCAGCUGCUAAAGUUCUGUUCCCACACUUCUAGUUUUUUGGAGCAUCAGGUUCCUCCAGCCAACCAGCUGAGAGAGAGAGAUCAUUCACAGCCCCUCCAUGGCUCCCCUUGCUGGGACCAUUUCAAUCAAUAGACCCCCACAGUAACCUGCUGUUACAGUACCAGUUUAGCUUCAAAGAGCUCAAAAUGAUACCCACCAUGAAGUGUAAAUAGUCAAGAUAGUCUUACCGUUAUGUAUAUUUGCAUCAGCCUUUGACUAAUGUGUUAACUGUUCUUUUUAGAGGCUAUUUAUUUAAUGCUUUAUGUUCUAUUUUUAAAUCAAAAAUGAACUGAUUAAAGCUGUAUGUGAUUUCUAUAUAAACAGUUAAUCCAGAAUGAUCGAUCAUAAAAUGGUACAGUUCAAUUGCUCUGCUGUUAAUCAUUUUCUAGAUGUAGGUGUAAAAAUGAGGCUCUCUGUUGUGUUUUUCCUCAUGGCUCUGGGUUGCAGUAGCCCUAAUCUCUCUGCCUGUUCAUACACUCAUUCUAAACGUCUGAAUGCUGCGUGUGAGGACACGAUCACAUUGCUGUUCACACAGGCUCCAGCUGCAGCCGGUCUUCAACUCGCUGUCAUUUUGAUAUCAGCACAUUCCCUACACCGAUGAAAUACCAGCAUCCUGCUCAGCUGACCUGUGAUGUACAUGAACGGUUUUAUUAACAGAAGUAUCUUUGGCCUUAUUUUGAUGUUUUGUUGGAUUUAAUGGUUUUAAUGGUCUGAUAUGAAAUAAAUAGUAUUUUCCCUCUACUGUGUUGUUCUGUCCUUUACU